CUCUCUCUCUCUCUCUCUCUCUCUCUCUCUACCCUCUGGGUCUGGGCCACCAUCUCUCUCUUCUCUCUCUCGAGCAUGAACCAUGUGUCUCUGUCCAGGGGCAGGGGCAGGCACAGGCAGCCCGGCACUGCUCCCAAAUCGCGACGCAUCGCAGGAUUUCAGGGCGCCAUCUAUUUCUUUUUACCUGGGAUGGGACGAUCGGCCUAAUAAGCGCGGCUGGUGCGUUGCUCGUCAGCGCCCACACCACCCGCUUGUCCAGUGCCCGACGCCGAAUCCUUAAACACUCGCUCGCCCUCCCCACCAGCCCCUCACCCUCACAAGCAACUUCUCCGUCGUCCUCCCCUCCCUCUCCCCGACUCGCAUUUCUUGGACUCUUGCUCUUGGUGACCUCCGGAUUGAUCAGUCGCGAGGUAGGUGAUUAACUAUUGCCACCAACACCUUGCGCCGGCACGCCAAGAUUGCCAAGGUUUGGUUUGUGUAAUCGCCAGAGAGAGAAGGAGGCACGCAAAGAGAGAGGCUGCUGCUACAAGGAGGAUCGGAGGAGAGAUGGGGGACGCGGCGGCGGCCGCCGGCAAGUGCCAGAAGAGCUACUUCGACGUGCUGGGGAUUUGCUGCCCGUCGGAGGUGCCCCUCGUCGAGAAGCUAUUGGCGCCGCUGGAGGGGGUCCAGAAGGUGUCCGUGAUCGUGCCGUCCCGGACGGUCAUCGUCGUCCACGACGCCGACGCCAUCCCCCCGUCUCAAAUCGUCAAGGUGUUGAACCAGGCGAGUCUUGAGGCGUCGGUUCGAGCUUACGGCAGUGGCACAGAGAAAAUCACGAACAAAUGGCCGAGUCCGUUUGUUCUUACCUGUGGAGUUUUGCUGGUUGUGUCGCUGUUUGAGCAUUUCUGGCACCCACUGAAAUGGUUUGCACUGGUGGCAGCGGCUGCUGGCCUGCCACCGAUCGUUCUGAGAAGCAUUGCCGCUGCCCGGAGGCUCACCCUUGAUAUCAACAUACUCAUGCUGAUUGCAGUUUCUGGGGCAAUAGCUCUGGGGGACUAUUCUGAGGCUGGGUUCAUCGUCUUCCUGUUCAGUACAGCUGAAUGGCUUGAGACCAGGGCAAGCCGCAAGGCCACUGAAGGGAUGUCAUCACUAAUGAACAUGACACCACAGAAGGCUGUUCUAGCAGAGACUGGGCAAGUGGUUGCGGCCCAGGAUGUGAAGAUCAAUACAGUAAUAGCUGUGAAGGCGGGGGAAGUUAUUCCAAUUGACGGUGUUGUUGUCGAUGGACGGAGUGAGGUUGAUGAGAGUACCCUCACUGGGGAGUCCUUCCCGGUGGCAAAGCAGCCAGAGUCCGAGGUCUGGGCUGGCACGCUCAACAUAGAUGGUUACAUUGCUAUGAGGACAACUGCUAUGGCCGACAACUCUGCAGUUGCUAAAUUGGCAAGGCUUGUUGAAGAGGCACAAAACAGUAGAUCCAAUACACAGAGGCUGAUUGAUACAUGCGCCAAGUACUACACACCUGCUGUCGUCGUCAUGGCUGUGGCAGUAGCAGUGAUCCCUGUGGUAGUCAGAGCAUACAACCUCAAACACUGGUUCCAAUUGGCCCUAGUUCUUCUAGUCAGCUCUUGCCCAUGUGCUCUAGUGUUGUCGACACCGAUUGCCACCUUCUGUGCUCUACUAAGGGCCGCCAGGACGGGUCUCCUCAUCAAAGGAGGGGAUGUCCUAGAAUCCUUGGCCAAGAUCAAAGUUGCUGCUUUUGAUAAAACUGGUACAAUUACUAGAGGAGAGUUUUGUGUCGAGGAAUUCCAGGCAGUUGGCAGACGUGUUCCAAUGCAACAACUUCUUUACUGGGUCUCAAGCAUUGAAAGCAGAUCAAGCCACCCAAUGGCACCUGUGCUUGUUGAUUAUGCUCAAUCAAACUCAGUGGAACCAAAAUCUGAUAAUGUUACUGUGUUUCAAAUGUACCCUGGUGAGGGGAUUUACGGUGAAAUCGAUGGAGAGGGUGUAUAUGUUGGGAACAGAAGAAUUUUGUCAAGGGCCUCAUGUGAAACAGUUCCGGUCAUGAAAGACAUGAAAGGAGUUACCAUUGGAUAUGUUGCCUGCAAAAAGGAAUUGAUCGGAGUAUUUACACUCUCGGAUUCCUGCCGAACUGGAUCUGCUGAAGCUAUCAGGGAGCUGAGAUCACUGGGCAUAAAGUCAGUGAUGCUUACUGGGGAUAAUGCUGCAGCAGCUGCAUACGCACAGAAUCAGCUUGGGAACAUCCUAGAGGAGGUUCAUUCUGAACUUCGUCCAGAGGACAAAGUGAGAAUUGUUGAUGAGCUCAAGGCAAAAUAUGGCCCUACACUGAUGAUUGGAGAUGGCAUAAAUGACGCCCCAGCAUUGGCCAAGGCUGAUGUUGGAGUCUCCAUGGGUGUAUCUGGCUCAGCUGCUGCAAUGGAGACGAGCCACAUCACUCUGAUGUCAAAUGACAUCCGAAGGAUUCCAAAGGCUGUCCAACUGGCACGGAGGACACACCGGACUAUCAUUGUGAACAUCAUCUUCUCAGUGAUUACGAAGCUUGGAAUUGUUGGACUUGCACUAGCUGGGCAUCCCCUUAUUUGGGCAGCUGUCCUUGCAGAUGUUGGUACAUGCUUGCUUGUGAUCAUGUACAGCAUGCUGUUAUUGAGAGAGAAAGACAGCCUAAAGGUGAAGAAAUGUUGUGCUUCUUCAAAUCAUGGAUCGCACACAAAGAAGCACUGUGUUUCCCGUCACUGCUCAGAUGGUCCGUGCAAGUCAUCAGACAGUUGCAAAGAAUCAUCUGCUGAUAAGCAUGGUUGCCAUGACCAUGGUCACAGACAUAACCACUGCAAAGAACCGAGCAACCAGCUCCCUACAAAAAAGCAUGAUUGCCAUGAUCAUGGCCAUAGCCAUAACCACCACUGCAAAGAGCCGAGCAGCCCACGCUUGGGAAACAAGAAUGAUUGCCUCGACCAUGAGCAUAGCCACCGCAAAGAAUCCAACACUUCGCAUUCUUUAAGUGAGGGUGCUUGCCAUGACCAUGAGCAUAGCCGGUGCGAAGGACACAAGCAUUCACAUUCCUCAGUUGAGCAUGAGCAUAGCCACUGCAAAGAACCAAUUAUUUUGCAUUCUACUGGUGAGCAUGCUUGCCACGACCAUGACCAGAAUCAAGAGCAUCGCUGCCAUGCUGAACAGCAAACUUUGCACACUGCAGAUACGCACCACUGCCAUGACCAUGACCAUGUGGAGAUCGAGGAAUCAAAAAAGGACUGCCAUGCAGAGCUACAGCACCACCUCAACCAUUGCUGCCAGCCUCAUGAUCAGGACAACAUAGCAGCUGACCCAGUUCAAGAAUACUCGAUAUCAAUCAAUGCGCUGCUCCAUCAGCAUAGCCAAUGCAGCAACCACAGUGAAGAACACAAAGAGGAUGACAGUGGAAACUAUCUGAAGGUGAAAGAUUGCAUUCCUCCCACCGACCGAACCUGUUGCAGCGUAACCACCAGCAAGGGAUGUGGAAGCAAAGGCAAAGACAUUUGUUCAAGCUUGCAGGUUGAUCGUGCCAGGGAGACAAGCCGGUGCUGCAGGAGCUACGUGAACUGCCCCAGGACGAGCAGCUGCUGCAACCACAACAUACUGAAACUGCCUGAGAUCAUAGUAGAGUAGGGUGGAAGAAGUAUAAUAAACUCAUCUCAGCAACUAAGUAAACGCAUCGGCGUAGUGUCGGUCUAGUUAUAUAGCUUUGCUGGAGAAAAUGGUGUAGAAAUGAUCUGGAUUUUGACGAAGCAGGUGUCUGAAAGGGACUCUGGUUGGUUGUUCCCAUGCUCCUUUUGCGUCUUCUGUAAUGAUUCGAGGAGUUGCAAAAGAGACUAGUAUUUGAUGAGGUGCAGUGGGAAUUAAUUCGGUGUAAAGCUUAAUAAAGAAAGUGCAACACAGAUCAGUUCGUAUCUGUGCAUUCCUUUUUA